ACGUGAUAACCAGCGGUUGCCAGUUUAAAGAACAUGGCUGAAAACAAUGACUGCAGUUAUUGAGCUAACUCUACGAUUUCUUCGCACUUGUCAACAAAGACAUUAAUAUUGAAGCGGUAAUAAAGUGAAAAAUACAUUAUAGUUAAAAGUAUAUAAUAUUAUGGCAACUGCUAUUCAAAAAAAUAGCAUGAAACCUUUAACAAAUAGAUCUUUAAAUCAUGUAGAAAAUGUAGACAAUUUAAAUAACAGUGAUAUAUGUACUGAAACAAAAGAUAAUGGACUCUUUAAAGAAGAAAUUGAAACAUGUAUGACUGAAUCAGAACAAGAAACACCUGAGCUUGAUAUUGUUAUUAAUAAUGUAGUUUGUAGCUUUAGCGUAAGAUGUCAUCUUAACUUAAGAGAAAUUGCACUUAAUGGCUCAAAUGUUGAAUACAGAAGAGAAAAUGGAAUGAUCACAAUGAAAUUGCGGAGACCAUAUACCACUGCUUCAAUUUGGUCUUCAGGAAAAGUAACUUGUACUGGUGCAACUAGUGAAGUUGAAGCAAAAAUAGCAGCACGUAGAUUUGCACGUUCUCUUCAAAAAUUGGGCUUUAAGGCACGGUUUAAUAAUUACAGGGUGGUUAAUGUGUUAGGUACAUGCUGUAUGCCAUUUGAUAUCAAAAUAACAUCGUUUUCAAUAUAUCAUAAAGAAAAUGCUGACUAUGAACCAGAAUUACAUCCUGGUGUAACAUAUAAAUUGAAAGAACCAAAAGCAACAUUAAAAAUAUUUUCUACUGGAAGUGUUACAGUAACUGCUCCCAAUGUUGCUGCUGUUCAAGCAGCAAUAGAAUAUAUCUAUCCGCUAGUCUAUGAAUUCCGCAAAGAACGUUCAGUAGAAGAUAAGUUGGCAUUGGAAACAAAGAAACGCAGAUUAAGUAGGAAGAGAAAUCAAGAAGAGUUCCUACGUGACACUGGUCUAUUAUAUGAUCCUAUGUUUUCUCCAUCUUCAUCUUCUGUUGAUGAGGAAGUUGACAGUGAUGCCAGUUGGGACUGAACUGUUUAUCUUAUUAUUUUUUUGUUGAGUAUAAAACAAUCAUGUGUAUAUUUCGUUCAAUUAAGAACGAUUACAAAUUGCACUGGACAAUUGCUGCUGCUAAGAGUGAAGUGAUGCAUAAUUCAUUUUCUUAGUGUCUGACAAGUGCGUGAGUGUCAAAGACAAUAGUGUACAUUUAUGUGCACUUUAAUCUGUAAUUAUCUUUGCACGUAUCAAUCUGACUGACUUAUGUUUUUAAAAUUACAUCCCUCAUAUUUUCAUUCUACCACAAUAUAUUAGGUAUAAACAUCUCUCUUAGGCAUAUAUGGAACAUGUCAUUCUUAUGUAUACUAUCAUUCAAUUUUGAAAAGAAUAUUUGGGAUGUAUUUAGUAAUAUUUCUGACAAGACUUAGUUCAUAUAAGGGAUCACUCGUUUGUAUUUAUGCUUUUAAGAAUUAUAAAAAUUAAAAUUAGGUAAUAGAAAAGAUAUACAUAUAUACGUUCUAAUAAUUCAGAUUGCAUCAAACGGACAAUCUUUGGGCUAUGCAGACAAGUGCCACCAUAAUUGAUUGGUGAUAUGUAUAUUCUUUUUUUUUUUUUUUUUUUGUUCUAUUUUUUUUUUACAUACAGAUUUGUCUGUUUACGUUUAAUGAACGUAUACUGUGCCAAAGAUGGAUGUUCAAAAUUUGAUGUUACAAUUGAAAAACAUGGAAAACUACAAAUUUAUUUCACUGCUGUAACAUUUAGCUUUUUCAUUAAUAUAGUCUGCUUUAAUGAAUAUAAUAGUAUUUUAAUAUAAUAAUCUAUAUUUUGCGAUGUUUCUAGAAAGAGUAUAUAAUAUCGUUGAUUCAUCAGACUGUAUCAAGCAAAAAUACUAUAUAUAUAUUUAAGUUUGUAUAAUCAACAUUAAUAAUAGCCCAUUCUCGAUCAAACACACGACAGAUUUAUUUAAUACAUUCAGAUCAAACAGUUAUCUACAAUGUACCAUUGCUAUCAUUAUCCUAUAAUUAUAUAGGAUAUGAAUAUAGAUCAAUGACAUUUUCAGCUGGUAACUUACUGACACUCAUGUGUUAAUUAUUUUGUAUAUGAAAGUUAGUGUUAUUAUAUUAUUAGGCAGUAUUAAGAUAAGUUCGUCGAUAAUUAUGAUAAGAACUAUAAACUUAUGAAAUAUCACAAAUAAUUCUAGGCAAUAACAAAUAUCAUAAUUUGUGAUAUUAUAAGUCCAAAUGCAUAUUAUUUAUGUGUAUGUAUACAGAUGAUCACAGAUCAAAAAAAAAUUCUUAGUUCUUACUAAAAUACUCUCUAAAUUUUUAAAAUUGUAUGGUGAACAUUUUAGUAGCAAUGUACCAAAGUUACAAAAAAUAUCAAAAAAUAAAUGAUAAGAUACUUGAAAUAAAUGGCAACUGGAAGAUCUGAUAGUAUAAUAAAUAAAUAAUUGCAAGACUAGGAGUAAUAAAUAAAAAGUAUGGGAUGUGUUGUAUGUGUAUAAGUCUGUCAAAAUAAACAAAUUCUCUUUAGA